CGGAGUUUAUAUUCAUUUUUCGAGUUUUUCCUAUAGGGCAGCAGAAAUACUUUCAAUACUAAUCGGUAAUUACAACUUCAAUUACCGAUAAAGCUUCUCAUACGGAAGCAACGCUAACUUCAUAACGAAUAAAUACUUUAUGAUAGUAUAAAAUGCUGAUCAUAGUACGAUUAUCCAUUGUCGCGCUAAGUUUUACGCUUCAUCCAAAAUGUUGAAGUUUCUAGUUACGGUGACGUGUUUAGCGUUGGUCGCACAAGCGACUGUCGUGCAAAUUCCUUUGAAUAAACCUAAUCAAAAACGUUCCUUGAAGAAUGUCCGCGCACAAUUGGCGGUGUUACGCAGAAAGUACAAUUCCUUGCCACGCUAUACGGACGAGCAGUUGCACAAUUAUUUGGACGAUUCAUAUUAUGGGGCUAUCACCAUUGGUACACCAACGCAAAACUUUCAAGUACUCUUCGACACCGGUUCAUCGAAUUUGUGGGUGCCUAAAGGACCAUGCUCAGGCGAUCCGGCUUGCUAUAAUCAUAACUCAUACGAUGCAAGCAAAUCGAGUACAUAUAAGCCGAACGGCACAGAGUUUUCUAUCCAAUACGGUACCGGCAGUUUGUCCGGUUAUUUAGUUGAAGAUACCGUAUCCGUUGCUGGUUUACCUAUAAGCGGUCAAAUAUUUGCCGUAGCCACAACGGAACCUGGAACGACUUUCGUUGAUGCCGUAUUCGAUGGCAUACUCGGUUUGGGUUAUGUGGAGAUCUCGAAUGAUAAUGUGAUACCACCAUUCUAUAAUUUGUACAAGCAAGGUUUAGUUAAAAAACCCGUUUUCAGUUUUUAUUUAACACGUGAUGGCACUUCUAGUCAGGGUGGUGUCUUAACUUUAGGUGGCAUUGAUAGUAAUCAUUAUGAAGGUGAUAUAAUCUAUGUUCCUGUCGCUAGCAAAGGGUAUUGGCAAUUUAACGUUGGCACGGUAUAUGUUGGUGAUAGCGAGUUUUCUUUCGGUGAUCCAGGUAUUGCUGAUACCGGUACCAGCCUUGUGGCCGUUCCCUUUUAUUUAUAUGGAUAUCUACAGGAUCUCAUUGGUGCUGAACCUAACGACGAAGGAGAAUACUUUAUUGAUUGCGCUCAAGUAUCCAGUUUACCAAAGAUUUCGUUUACCAUUGCUGACACUAAUUUUACUUUAGAGGGUAGUGACUACGUCAUUGAGGUUGAGGCUGAGAGUGGUGAGCAAUUGUGUAUGUCUGCUUUUGAAGAUGCUGGCACACCUUUUUGGAUUUUGGGAGAUGUUUUUUUGGGAAAGUACUACACUGUUUUCGACUUGGGUAACAACCAAGUUGGUUUUGCUAAAGCUAAGUAAAAUAUCAAAUUUCAUAGAAUUUGCAAAUAAAGCGUUGUGUAUGAAUGUGUGUAAUGACUA